AUGUCGAGUUCUUGCCUUGAUAGCGGGGAGUCGUCGUCGCCGCUGCCGCUGUCCGCCACCCGCUCCGGCUCCGCUGCGGCGGCGACCGUCAGCGGUGUCGCAGCCACGACGGCCGUGCCGCAGCAACUACGGGGCCCGCAUCGUCAACAACAUCCGCCGCCAGAACAGCACGUUGAUCCGGCGCGUGCUCUGCCUCUCCCUCCUUCCAGCUCCCACCUCACGCACGGCUAUAGCGACCCCAGAGACGGCUACGGCGGAGGGCGCGUCUUGACGGACAGCGGCUACAGCCGUGGGGAAACCGCACAUUGGUCCUCGCGCUCUGCGGUAUCGCGGCCAGAGAAGGUCGGCGUGGCGGCGGUGCCGGCCGCUGCUGCCCCGGCGGCGGGGGCUGUGGAUGCCGUCUAUGACAGCGCCCCGUCCGGGCACCGUGACAGCGGCCAGCAUACUCGUUACCAUUCCCCUGACUCGGGGCAGCAGACGAUCGCCGCCGCAGCAGCAGAGGCCGCCGCGGCCACCACCACGCCGAAUCACCACCUCCUCGGCAGUGAGGAAUUUGGGAAAGAGAAGGAGGGGAGUUCUACACGACGGGGCUCGCAGGGUAGACCCUCCGAGGCAGUCGCGCCGGCGGCAGGGGAUGUGCGGGGCGAAGACCCCGUCGCUUUCCGCAUGUUGCAGCCGCAGCCCUUCGGCGCGGAGGAGGCGCAGCGGCAGCUGCCGCACCCGCACCCGCACAGCGCGCGCAGCAGCGAGGUGUCGAGGAAGGCGAACAGCGGAAGCACCGGGCCCUCACCGUUUACGUCGCAGCCGCGAUCGCUGGUCCCUGUCGCCUCUGCCGCUGCCAGCGUCGGUAGCCUAUCACGUAAAAGCGCCGACAGCACGCCUGUGUCGGGCAACAGGGCCACGCCGGCCAUUGGGGCGUGGGUGCCCUACACCCCUCCGACGGCAGAGCCCGAGACACUCCGACAGCGAGAGGGUUCGAGUGGCCCGACAGCCGGUGCGCCGUUUUCGCAGGUCACCUACAACGUCUCCUCCAACGGGUCGGAGGCGAGCCCGUCGAUGCCGUCCGCAGGGCCGACGGCGCGCAGCUUCCUCGCGCCUUCUAUCGCCCCUUCCCUUGCCUCCGCCUUCAAGGCAGCCAUGCGAGGCGUCGUGACCCCUCAGCAGGGCAGUCUGCCGGCCUUCUCACUGACGCCGACCGUGGCGGCGGACGACAAGCAACAGACGGGGGAGGCCCCCACUAUGGCCGCCACCGGCCCCACCACAACGGUGGGUGGCACAGCGGAGGAGUCCGCGGCAACAGCAGCGGCAGCGGCGCCCGUGCGUCGGGUGAAGCAACGUCCGCCGUCCCUCUUCGUGUCGCCGCCCAUCAACGCCCGCACUCCCCCCACACUCCCCACCGAUGUCAUUCCUUUGACGGCUGCUGCUGCUGCCGCGGCGGCGGCGACUGAUGCUGUAGUCAGCGGCACCGAGCCUCGAUCGCCGUCUGGCAGACCACCGAUGCUGGUGCUACCGAAUCGGGUUACUCCAGAGGCGGAGGCGGCGCCGGCGGCCGUGUCGCGUAGUUCAGGCGGCGGCGGUGGCCUCGCCCACUUCUCCCCCCUUCCGUCCGCUUCGCGGUCUGGGUCCUCCAAGGCGCUGCUGCAGCGACAGCCCACCGUGGUCACCACCACCUCGGGUUUGAGCGGGAAUAGCUUCGGUGUCACCAUCACCCCCACCAGCAUCGCGGACUACCCGGAGGAGGGACAGAAGGUGCAGCCGGCGUCCUCCGCUCCGUAUACGGCCAACCCCCUCUCCGCGUCUCCAAGUCCGGCCUCCACGGAGCUGCUCACGUUGAUCUCCUCUACCAACGGCGACGGCGACGACGACGACGACAGCGGUAUUGAACGUGUGCACGACGCCGAAGAGGAUUACGUGGGGCGCCACCCGCCCCGGCACUUCGCCCCGUCAUCGCCGCUGCAACGGCAGCAGCAGCAAACCCCGCAAGUCCGCAGCGGCGUGCACGGCGCCGGCAUGCUCACCUUCUCUCCUCCGCGCCUGGCACGCGUGACACCGGUCAUUACAACACCACUGAGUGCCGCAGCUGGCAGGAAGCAUCACGGCAGCGCUCCCGCUGGGAACAGCCGCAGCGGCUCCUUGCCCAAUCAGAACGUCGUCCUCGGCGCAGCGCAGAGCCGUGUCAGCGGACCGGCUGCGGCGGCCGCGGCCUCCAGCGAGGCGAGUGACGCGAGUGUACCGACAGCAUCUUUGCACUUCGGUGCUGGCCGUGUCGGGUCCUCGACGGCGGCCUUCGGACGCCCUUCUGCGACCCCCAUGAACGCUGCAUCCUCUCCCAGCGGCGGCAGCGGGGGCCUCGGCGCGGUCGCUUCGCACUACAUGGCGGGGAACGACACCACCGAGCUGGGCGGCCUCGCGCUGAGCGGGGGUACGCCGUCGCACCCUUCUUUUGCCUCACCUCUUUCCGCCGGCGGUAACGUGCGCGGUGUGCGACCGCCGCCGUUGAUGCUGACGCCGACGUCCAGCACGAACCUCGUCGCUGCCUUGGCACCCACAGCUGCGCCCACCACGACGGAGGCCUCCACCACGCCUCUUCCGCAUUCCGGCACAACGAUGGGGUUUGCCACCACAGCAACCUCCCCCGUUGCUUCUCCCGGCGGCGGUCCACUGGCGGCCGCCGCGUCUGCCGGGCCGCCUGCUCUUUCUCCAGCCGCCCUCCCAACGCCGGUGCGGACAGCCGCGGCCCGUCGUCGAGCGCCGCCGCCGUCGCUCUUCAAGGCCCGCUCGCCCGUCGCAGAGAACGCCGCAGCAAGGGACUCGGAGGCGAUGUUGAGCCCGAAGUCCGGCGACCCUGGCUCCACCGUGCAUCACAACUCCGUCGCCUCCUCCUCGGCGCUCCAGCUGACGCCGCCGCUGAACGCGCGGAUGCCGGCGGUCAUCCUGGGCGGGAGUCGCACCGGCAGCGAAAACGGUGUCGCGGGCAGCCCGAACGGUUUUCGAGCUGCGGGCUGCAGCGCGACCACGACGCCCAACAUGAACGCGAGCGCGACGAACAUCAACGCGGUGAUGGGCCGGUCCGUUUCCAAUCGUCCGCAGAGCGGCUCCGGCACGAAUGCCCUCGUCCGCCUCUCCCACGACCGCCGCACCCUCAUCGCGGGCAUCUUCCGCGUGUCGCGUGACGGCUGCCUGACGGUGCGCAACAUGCUGCUGCUGAACCCCACCCGCAUCGACGCUGCCACCCCAGCAAACCCCGUGACCGGCGGCGGUGGCGGCCCGCACGGCAGUCCCAUCAGCGCUGACCCGCGUCGCCCCGUCCAGCUCCUGCACCCGCAGCGCACCGGCGCGGUGAACUACUCUCCGGUGAGCAGCAACAGCGGCGCAGCAGGGCGAAUGCUCGUUCCACACCCCGGCCAGGGUCCCACCACCCCCAACACGGGCGUUGCGGAGUGGGAGUCGCCGCACAUGGACGGCCCCGCGGGAGCCCUCGGCUCGGCGGGGUUUGGCCGCACCGGCGCCGGCAACGCAAACCGCGGCGCGAACGCCGGCAACGACGCCGGGGCCAACAACCCGAACGCGCUCUUCACUCUCUUCUCCACCAGCAUGGACACCCCGUUCAGUCCCAUCACCUACUCCCUUGACUCGCAGCGGCUGACGUUCCCGAACUCCGCCGGCUACCACCCCGAGCGCGGGAGUGGGUUGAUGCCGCCGCCGGCCGGGCCGCCGCUGCUGCGUGCCGCGCGGGAGGAUACGACCAUCGGCGGCCACCUCCACCACGGCGAGGCCACUCCCACGAUGGGGCCGGGCACGUUCCUGGGUGGGGGCGGCGGCAUGCAGGCGGCAACACCCAACUCGACCACACACAACCGAGCCGGGGGUGGGGCGAACAACAGCCUCUACCGUGCCCAGCUGCGGCGCCAGACGAGCGCGAACUGGAUCAACACCAUGCAGAACAGCGCAACGACGGCCUCGCCUACCACGCUGCACACCGUCGGCAGCGUGGGCAACAUGUUCGGCCCCGGCCCUUUCAACGUGCCCGACACGGCGGGCAGUCUGCUGAUGCCCUACGCGGACAUCCCGGCGUGGAAGAACGGCAUGGUCGGCGUGGGGCCGCAGAACUCGUCAAACUUCGGAGGCAGCCCGGCCACCCACACCAACCCAAAUAUCGGCGGCGGCGGCUUCACCACCACCUCCACCGCAGGGAUGAACGCCUCGGGCACCAUCAACGCCCACGCCGCGUCCACCAUGGCGCAGCUGCCGCCGAACGUGGUGCGGAUGCGCGACUUGGAGAUUCUGCCGACGUCGGUCGGCGAGGGGGCCUCGGCGACUGUGUUUGUUGCAAUCCACAAGCCAACUGGUCGGCGACUUGCCGUGAAACGGCUGGACCUGUCCUCGCUGUGCCUGGGCAGCGCCUCGCCGUAUCUGCGCAGUGGCGGCGGCGGCAACGGCCGCAUACGCCAGCUGCAGCAGAAUGUGAUCCGUGAGCUGCAGGUGCUGCACCUCACCUACCGCAGCCCCUUCAUGGUGAAGGUGUACAACGCCUUCUUCUUGCCGGAGGCGGCGGCGCUGGACAUCGUGAUGGAGUUCAUGCACUACGGCAGCCUGGACCACCUCGCCGGGGCACUGCAGAAACACGCACGUGUGCAGCGGGAGUCGCAGCAGCAGCGCAAUCGCCUUCUCUUUGGCGAGGAUGAGGCGGGGGUGUUGGCCUCCCCGCCGGGCAGCAGCAGCGAUGGCGCGCCGACCUCGCCGCAUCGCAUCUCGGACGGCGUUGCCCCGCUGGUGCCCGCUACUCGCGAGCCCACAGGAGAGGCGGGGGCGUGUGGCGGUGGCAGCCCAGCGCGUGUGUCGUAUCUGUCGCCGAAGACGCUCAACUUCGGCCGCAACGUGGACCAGCAACACGCGCAGCUGCGCGGGCGUCGCCUCGGCCUCGCCAGCACGUACGACCUGCCUUCUUCGUCCUCUCAGGGCGGCGGUGGUGGUGGUGGUGGUACGGCUGGUGGCGGGACCGGAAAUCGCACGAGUAACAGCAGCCCCCACAACAGUGGCGGCGGCGAGGACUCGCUGCCGUUCGACACCUUCUCCGUCCGCAGCAACUGUGGCACGGAUGACACCGAGCCGGACGACGGCAGCGGGCACCUGGAGGAGCCGUUUGGUGUGACGGAGCGGCUGGUGGCGGUGGUCGGCGAGCAGCUCCUUCGCGGGGUGCGUGACAUGCACUCCCGUGGCUACAUCCAUCGCGACAUCAAGCCGGGUAACGUGCUAGUGAACGAGCACGGGGUGGUGAAGCUGAGCGACUUUGGGCUGUCGCAGCGCUGCGACGACAGCGGCACCGGGAUUAAGAAUUCCGCCAUGACGUUCAUCGCCCCACCGUCGACGGCGCCGACACGCACCAACACCCCCCUGCGCUCCCCGCCAGCGUCGGUGCUGCAACCGGGUGGGGGCGGGUGGGCGAGUCGGCAGCGCACAACCGCCUUCAGACCGUACGCGCAGGGCCCCCUCAAAUUAGGCGACAGCGGCCCGCAACGUCUGUUAGGCACCGGCGUGGCCUCGCCCGAGCAGGAGAGCUCCUCCGACGCCUUGAUGCUGUCCAGCAGCAUGGCGAACAGCUUGGCGGCGCAGCGAGAUGGGAUGGAUGUGCUGGACGCGCAGACGACCCCGUCGUCGUCUACUUCCAGCAACAACGGCGGCGACGGUCGGAGGACGGGGGCGCCGAAUUCGUCGUCGUCCUCGGAUGCUGGGGGCAACUGCUCCGGCACGGAUAAGUACAUGAGCCCGGAGCGGCAGCGCGGGGAGUCGCACGGCAAACCGGCCGACAUCUGGGCCGUCGGGGUCACGCUGGCGGAGUUUGCCGUGGGGGAGUACCCCUACAACGUCGAGGACGUCAUCGACGAGUUCGAUCGCGUCUCCCGCCUGGAGCAGCCGGUGGAUGUCCUGCAGUUCAACGAGCACCGCGCCGCCCCGCUCAGCACCGUCUUUGCGGAUUUUAUUCACCUUGCCACGCUGCCCACCGCCUCGCAGCGGCCGACGGCGCAGGAGCUGCUCGAGCACCCGUUCUUCAAGCAGUGGCACAAGCCUUUUAACCUGAAGGAUUACCUGGCGACGCGCGUGUUCGUCCCGUCAAACAAGCUGAAGAACGAGUACCUGGCGAAGCAUCUCCACGAUGGCGAGCAGUAA